AUGGGAUUUGGCCUUAGGUGGAGAGAGUGGGUUAUGGAGUGUGUCAGCACAGCCACUAUGUCAGUAUUGGUAAAUGGUUCGCCAACUAAACCGUUCAAGAUGGAUAGAGGUCUGAGACAAGGUGAUCUUCUUUCUCCGUUCCUAUUUGUACUUGUUGUUGAUGUUCUACAUAGGAUGAUUGGGGAGGCAGUCAGAAAUGGUCGGAUAUCCCCUCUGUUCGUGGGAAGAGACAAUAUAGAAUUGUCACAUCUCCAGUUUGCUGAUGAUACUGUGUUGUUCUGUCCGCCAGAGGAGGAGUCCGUUAAGAAUUAUAAAAGGCUUCUACGAUGCUUUGAAUUGAUGUCGGGCUUAAGCAUCAACUUUGAGAAAUUGAGUUUAAUACCUAUAAAUUGUGAUCAACAGUGGGUUCAGAGCAUGUGUAGCUUGUUGGGGUGUAAAGAAGCUGCUCUUCUGGUAAAAUACUUGGGGAUUCCUUUAGGUGCAAAUCCGAGGUUGGUGAAGACUUGGAAGCCAAUAAUUGACAAAGUGGAGGACAAGCUCAGUUUAUGGAAAUCCAAGGUCCUUAAUAAAGUGAAAAAAUUGGUUCUCAUCAAAGCUGUCUUAAAUAGCUUAUCGGUAUAUUAUUUAAGCUUAUACAAGAUGCCGAAAGCGGUUGCGGAGAAACUUAUUUCAUUGCAGAGAAGAUUCUUGUGGGGAAAGGAGGACGGGAGGUAUGGCAUGGCUUUGGUUAAAUGGGAAGUGGUCCAAGCUCCAAAAAGGUUAGGCGGACUAGGAGUUGGUGAUGCGAUGCUCUACAACACAGCUCUGUUAUUUAAGUGGUGGUAG